AUGAGCAGUCCAACACCUACUCCAAACAAAUAUAGAAAUAAUAGAAAUAAUAAUAAUAAUAAUAAUUGUGACAAUAAAAAUAAUAAUAAUAGAAAUAAUAAUAGAAAUAAUAAUAAAAAUAAUAAUAAUGAAAGAGGAGGAGGGGGAAGAGGAAGAAGAAACAAUAACCAACUACAACAACAACAAUAUAAUGAUGAUAAUGAUCCAGAAUUAUUAUUAGCAUUUGAAAUUAGUAAAGCAGAGUAUGAAUUGGAACAAGAAAAACAAAAGAAAAUUAAAGAUGCAAAUGAUUUUUCAAUUCCUUUAUCAAAGAGUAGUUCAGAAUUUAUACCUUCAUCUACUACAACAACAACUACAACAACCACUACAACCACAACUACAGAUACUGGAACUGUCAACACUACCACUAAUAAUAAUAAUAAUAAUAAUAUUAAUAAUAAUAAUAUAAAUGCAACCAAAAAAAAGAAAAAAGAUCAAAUUGAUAUGACACAUUUAUUAAAUAAAACACCACAACAGAAUAAUCAAUAUCAAAGACGUUAUAACAACAACAACAACAACAAUAAUAAUAAUAAUAAUAAUAGUAAUAAUAAUAACAAUCAUAAUAAUCAUAAUAAAAGGAGACCUAAUAACUAUAAUAGUAAUAGUAAUUAUAAUUAUAGCUAUCACAGUAAUAAUAAUUAUAAUUAUAGGAAUGAUUUCAGAGAUAAUUCAUUUUUACAAGCAAAUUAUUUAUUUAAAAUUAAUCCAUAUGGUAAUUAUACAUCAGCAUUAAAAGAAGCUGAUAAUUUUGUGGCAUGGAAUAAAGUUGAACAAGUAAUUUAUUUAAUUAAUGAAUCCCAUUCAAUUCAAUGUCCAAUUUGUUUAGAGAAACCAAUAGCACCAAAGAUUACAAAAUGUGGCCAUAUCUUAUGUUAUACAUGUAUACUUCGUCUCUUAUCACAUUCAAGCAAAUGUCCAUUAUGUUUUCAAAUCAUUCAAUCUAAAUCCGAUUUAAAAAGUUUAAUAUUCAAAAAUACUAAAAAAUUUAAUGAAAAUGAUUCAAUCACUUUUCAAUUAUUAAAAUUUCAAGAAGGUUCAAUCGUACCAUUUUUGGUUAAUAAUAAUAAUAAUAUUAUUAAUAAUAAUAAUAAUAAUAAUUUAAUACCAACAAAGAUAUCAUUUCCAAAUCAAGGUGAUGAAAAUCAAUUAUUUUCAAAGUUUUCAAUAGUUACAGAUAUUGAUGAUAUUAUUGAAGUUGAAUUAAGGGAAAUUUUAAAGAGUAGAGAAACAGAAUUAUCAGAGUCUGGUGGUGAUUCUGAAACAUUGGUUUUCUUAACUAAUGCAAUGUCAGAUAUUGAAGAUAGAAGGGAACAAUAUAAAACAAUGACUGAAACUAGACAUUUAAUUGAUGAAAAGAAUUUCAUUACAUUAAUUAAUCAAAAUAAUCAAACUAAAAAUGAAAAGAAAUUUGAUUAUUAUACUUGUAGUAAUAAUUUUGAAAUUAGAAUGGCUUUAGAGGAUUAUUUAAAUUCUAAAAAUAAUGGUAUUGAUUAUUAUGAUGAUGAUGAUGAUGAUGAUGAUGAUGAUGAUGAAGAAGAAGAGGAAGAAGAAGAAGAAACAGAUAAAAAAAAUAAUAAACAAAAAAAAUUAAUAAAUGAAAAAGAAAAAGAGGAAAAAGAAAAAGAAGAAAAAAUUAAUAAAGAAAUUAAAGAAUUAAAAAUUACAACAACAACUACAACAACUACAACAACAACAACAACUACAACAAUUGAACCAGUUGUUGAAGUUUUACAAUCAGAACAACAACAACAACAAUUACAACAACAAUUACAACAACAAUUACAACAACAACAACAACAAUUAUCAUUAUUACCAAAAUUAAAAAUUUCAUAUGAAAAUCAACCAUAUAAUGGUGUUUAUUAUUUAUAUCAAUCAAAUGAUGGACAAAAGAUUUAUUUACAUCCAUUGGAUAUGAAAAUUAUUGAAUUUGAAUUCAAGGAUAAAUCGAUCAAUGAUAUUCCAUCAACUAUUAAAUCAAGAAUCAUAGAGUUAGAGACUUACCAAGUUACAGAGCAAUCAAGAAAGAAAUUUAAAUCAUUAAAUGUAUUGGCUUUAACAACUAGUAUUUUAUUUGCAGAGAUUGAUUUACAUUCAAUUGUAUCAAAAGAAACUUUAUCACAUUUCAAUAAUGAACUUAGGGCAAGAAAAGAUAUUAGAAAUCAAAAGAAAAGAAAAGAACAAAAAUUACAAAGAUCAAAAGAAUUGGAAAGAGCAAAAGAUAUUGAAAGAGCUCAAGAAUUGAAAGAAAUUUAUCUAAAAGAAAAAGAAAUAUCUUUACAAUUAGAAAGAGAACGUCUAGAAGAAGAAAGAUUAGAAUAUGAAGAGAAAUUAAAAAAUGGUGAAAUUAAAAUUUCAAAGAAAUUAGGUUUCUUAGAUGCAAUUCAAUCACAUAAUAAUAUUGAUUCUUUAAAUGAUUUCCCUGAACUUUCUAAAAAAUAA